UGGCCGGAAGUUGAGGGACUGAAUGGAUUCCGGAGCCGGCUGCUGUAGCUUCUCAAUCUUCCUCUGAGGCUUGGCGGCCGCUGGGCCACCAGGUUCAUGUGGAGACUCCCGGGUUCCCGCGCCGUGCUUCGUGGGGUCCGCACGGCGGUGGAGUGGCACACUCGGGCCGAGGCGGCGACUGAGAAAGCGGCGGGCGCCAUGGAGCGCGCUGUAGUGCGCUGUGUGCCCUCCGAGCCUAAGCUAAGCCUGUCGUUCGCGCUGGCCGACGGCAGCCACAAGAACAUGCAGCGCGACCAAAGCGAGCCGCUGGGUCGGGCUCUCAGCCGGAUAGCAACCAAUGCCCUUAAAGGCCACGCUAAGGCGGCCGCUGCCAAGAAGAGCAGGAAGAACCGGCCAAAUGCAAGUGGUGGCGUGGCCUCUGCGGGGCCUGGGCCCGAGUCGACUGCGGCCUCCGAGCCCGUGGUGAAGCUGUACUACCGGGAGGAGGCAGUGGCUGAGGACGUGCUCAACGUGGACGCCUGGCAGGACGGCGCGGUGCUGCAGAUUGGCGAUGUCAAGUACAAGGUGGAGCGCAACCCGCCCGCCUUCACCGAGCUGCAGUUGCCACGCUACAUCAUGGCCGGUUUCCCGGUUUGCCCCAAGCUCAGCCUCGAAUUUGGGGAUCCCCCCAGCUCCGUCUUCCGCUGGUACAAGGAAGCCAAAGCCGGAGCGGCAGAGCCAGAGGGCGGGGGCCCCUCGUCAUUAUCUCCCUCUUCACCCUCUGCUGGUUGGACGGAGACCGGUGUGAACGAGCGCGUCUACACGCCGUCCAAUGCCGACAUCGGGCUCCGACUGAAGCUUCAUUGCACCCCAGGCAAUGGGCAGCGCUUCGGACCAAGCCGGGAAUUGGAAAGUGUGUGUCCCGUGGAGGCAGGGCCUGGCACGUGCACCUUUGACCACAGGCAUCUCUACACCAAGAAAGUGACGGACGACUCUCUCAUCCGCACGGUCUCUUACAACCUCCUGGCUGACACGUACGCCCAGACUGAGUUUUCGAGGAGCGUCCUUUACCCGUACUGUGCCCCUUACGCCCUGGAACUCGACUACCGCCAGAACCUUAUCCAGAAGGAGCUCACGGGCUACAACGCUGAUCUCAUCUGUUUGCAAGAGGUUGAUCGCAGCGUGUUUACAGACAGCUUGGUGCCGGCCCUCGAGGCCUUUGGGCUGGAAGGCGUGUUUAGAAUCAAGCAGCACGAAGGCCUGGCUACUUUCUACCGAAAGGCCAAAUUCACUCUCCUUAGCCAGCAUGACAUUUCUUUCCAUGAAGCCCUGGAGUCCGACCCACUUCACAAAGAACUGCUGGAGAAAUUAGUUUUGUACCCGUCUGCGCAGGAGAGGGUGCUCCAGAGAUCUUCUGUCCUCCAGGUUUCUGUUCUUCAGUCUACAAAGGACUCUUCUAAAAGGAUAUGUGUUGCUAAUACCCAUCUCUACUGGCAUCCAAAAGGUGGGUACAUUCGUCUCAUUCAAAUGGCAGUAGCCUUGGCUCACAUUAGACAUGUCUCGUGUGAUCUGUAUCCUGAUAUCCCGGUUAUAUUUUGUGGAGACUUUAAUAGUACCCCAUCAACAGGAAUGUAUCAUUUUGUUGUCAAUGGCAGCAUCCCAGAGGAUCAUGAAGACUGGGCUUCCAAUGGGGAAGAGGAACGGUGCAACAUGUCCCUUACUCAUUUCUUCAAAUUGAAAAGUGCUUGUGGUGAACCUGCUUACACUAAUUACGUUGGUGGCUUUCAUGGAUGUCUGGACUACAUUUUCAUUGACUUAAAUGCUCUAGAGGUUGAACAGGUGAUUCCAUUACCUAGUCAUGAAGAAGUUACCACCCACCAGGCCUUACCUAGUGUUUCCCAUCCCUCUGAUCACAUAGCACUUGUAUGUGAUUUAAAAUGGAAAUAGACUUGUGUUUAAUGGAAUCUGUCUGCGUUAGUAGGAAAUUUAAUAUGAAUCAAAGCUUAUGUCUAACCUUCAAAGAGGAAAACUAGACAGAUAAAUGUUGUUACUCUACUAGUUAGUUCCAGUUUCUCCAUUACACAGCUGUUCAUAAUAUUUGCAGUUUCUCCACUUCUCUUUUUUUCCUAUUGUUGAAGGAAAAACAAAUAUAUUUAUGACUCCCAGGAAGAACAUUGAAUUAUGUACAUUUUUAUAAGUACCUUUUUUUUAAACUAGGAAUUAAGAAUUUUGUAAAAAAACAAAAACAAAAACAACCCAUUUGAAUGAUCCUUUAAUUUUUCUUUCAUAACACAUUUCAGAUUGAAUCAUGUUUGUAUAAUUAGGAAAGAAUGCAUACAGGUUGAAGUGAAGUGAGAGGCCUAAGUCUGACAUGAAGGAGUAACAUUAGAGUCUCCCUCUACCUCAGGUUGGCUAGCUAUUUAAUACAACUUCAGAGCUUUAACAGAAGAUUAAAUUAUGCCAUCACCAAUUGUUAUUGCUUCUCAUCUUUAGUUUUUCAGUUAACAUAGGCUAUUAUCGUCCUGUUAUUUUUAGGAUUUUACUUUUUAGUAUGUGGUACAAAUAGACAUUUAUAUUCUUAUUCUUACUGCAGCUCAUUUGAACUUUUAGGAUGCAAGCACAAUUUAGUGUUCAAAGUGAAUAACAGCAUAUUCAACUUGAUCCAGUUUUCUUCAAUAAUUUCUUACCCAUGAAAAAUGUUCAUAAAUCAGUAGGGUAUUUGACUAUAUCGUAUUACAGAAUGUGGCAUAAGAGAUACCUUAUGAGAAACUGCCUACUGAUAUGGGCUUGACUUUUUGGGUGAACCUUUGAGCAUUUCCCUGUUGGAAAUGUGGAAAUUUUGAAAUUGUUGGUUUUUAAAAAUAUAAAAGGGAGUAGUGGGGCUUUUGAGCAUUUCUAAAAUAAACUGUUCUUUUUAUAGACUUGAUCAUUAUAGCCUGAGUUAUAGGAAAACAUUGUAUAUAUAAUUUAUAUACUAUAUAAAAUUUAAAUAUGAAGCCAAACUUUUUAAAAUUAGAAAUUGCAGUUUAGUGAUUAGUUUCUAGCCUAGAGUGGUAACUGAGCUCUUCUCUGUUUUUACCAUACCUUAUUUGUAAUGCUUUGGCUGUUACUUUUUAAUGUUCAGGAUAACUAUAAUGUUAUCUCAUAUUUCUGUGCUUAGUUUCUUUAUCUUAGAUAUUAAAUGCCCACUCACUUAAAGAAUUCUGAUUUUCCACAGUCAUGAGAGCUUUUGUCCCAAAUUCGUUACUAAUCUCUAAACCCAAUACCAUAAGAACUUUUUUGAUAGAGUAGGCUGUCCUUUCAUAUUCUCACUAUCCACUGUAUUGUUAACUCCUAGUAAGUUUGAGAAUGAGUUUUAGAGUUCAUUUUGAACAUUAAAUUACUUAAAACACUGGAAUGGGAAAAUUAAAGUGGCGGUUUCCUGGCAUGAUCUUUAGAAAAAGCUGUAAAAAAGUAGAUGCUAUCAAAUUGUGCCUUCCUAAAUAACAUCUUUGAGAGCACUUUAACAUUAGUUUAGAAACACAUGAAUAUAUUAAUGCCAGAAUCUUGAUUCUUUUGCAAAAUACAUAUUUUUUCUUUUUAAAAUGUGUUUUUGGUCUGCUUUCAAACAGGUUGACAGGACCCUUAAAAUAACUUAAGAGAAAAUAGUUUCUAAGCAAAAAGUUGAGAAACAUUUGGAAAAAGAAAUGGGAGCAUGAUAUGCUUGCUCAUGCCUAUGAGGAAAACUUUCAGAUUCUGUAUUAACACCAUGGCUAACUAGAUUGAACUCUUGGCUGGAAGAACUAAUCACUUACCAAACAUUCCACAUUUCUGAAUCUUUAAAUUUGACUCAGUGUGUGAUCAGAUUAUAUCAGCAUUUCAGAAUAGCAGAAUGUAGAAUCUUAUUGUGAAGUGCUGUAUACUCUGGUCACUAUGCAGAUAUAUUACUAUGAUUGGAGUCCAAAGGUAGGGAACACUAAGAAAAUUGUAUAAAUAGGAUACUAAAAUUACCUUGUAUUCAUGAGUUAGAAUAAAGUGGUAUUCAGAAAUGUUUAUUAGCUUAAAGCCAUCUUUGUGAUUAAAUAUUUCUAUUUGGAUUUUUUAGUACAUUUAAUUUAAUAAAGUAUGGAAAGCACCUCUCUUUAUGGUGAA